GUUCGAACGCCAAGCAUCGCAGUACCAUGCGAUGCUGAGUGCCGAGGUUCAGAGUGCAUCUUCCCGAGCUGAGUGGGAGGCCAAGCUCAGCUUGCGGGAGCAGGAGUUUGAGCGUCAAUGCACAUCAGCGGCUUCUCAGCUCAAGGACGCUCACGCAAAGAUUGCUGACCUGGAGGCACAGCAUGUCAACAGCAGCCGGCUUUCCCAGCAGUGCGCGGCUCUCGCUACAGAUCUUGGGUCGGCCAGACGGCAAGUGGUGGACUUGGAGGCGCAGUUAUUGGCUGCCCAGCGCAGUGCCGAAGCUCGCGGAGAGGCCGAGGAUCGGCAGAACGUUGCCAAGGCCGCCGAGCUCAAGGCCAACUUUGAGCAACGCCUCAGCGAGGAGCAGCGCGCUGCUGCUGAGCAGAUGGCACGGCUUGCAGCACAGCUGCACGCCAAGUCCACUGAAACGGCGGAGCUCUCGACAGCAUUGGCGGCUGCAAGAAGUGACCUGGAGAAGCUCCAGCCCGCUUUCGAAGAGGAGCUAAGCGCAGAGAAAGCCAAGACCGUCAAGCUCCAGGAAGCGCUUCAAGCCUUCGCUGCAAAGCAAGUGGAAGUUGACAGCAAAGAGGUUCAGACACCGCAUCUUGAAGAGAUGUACAGGGUGCAGGCAAUGCUGGAGGCGCUGGAGGCGAAUGUUUACGAGUUGGCCCAGAAGUUGGAGGUUCAGACUUGGGCCACCGUGGAUGCCGAGACCAGAGCGGAAGCAGAGAACAACCAGCUGCGGGCCAGCGAGACCCGCUGUUCUGACCUUUGGAAAGAAAACAAAGAGCUCCAGCUCAUGGUGGAAGCGGUGGCGGAGCGCGAGAAGUCCAACGCUUCCUCGUCCGAAGCGCACAUCAACGCUCUCGAGGAGCAGCUGCAGCAAGCCCGCGCUGAUGCCCGGGAGGAGGUCGAGCGGACCUCCGCUCGCAUUUGCGCUCUUCAUGGACAGGUUGCCAAGAGCUCGCACGAAGCGGCUGAUCUGGAGAAGAGACUGAAAGAGGAGUCUGACAAGGCAAAGCAGCUCAUCCAAGAAAAUGCUGACUUGCAGCAGCAGCUUUACCAGGCACAAUGCGCAGCAAAAGAAGUGGCAGACCUUCAGCAGCGACUGCAAGUUGCCAAGGUUGACCUGGAGCAGGCUGGGAAGGAGAAGGAGCAGGCGGCUGCACUGGAGCGCCGUCUGCGUGAGGAAAGAGACAAGGCGUUGGACCCCGCGCUGCUCCAACAGGAAAAGGACAAGGUUGUGGAGUUGGAGCGACGCCUGCAAGAAGAGAGCGGCAAGGCAGCAAGUUUCCAGAAGCAACUGGAAGAAAAGAGCAAGGCGUUGGACCCCGCGCUGCUCCAACAGGAAAAGGACAAGGUUGUGCAGUUGGAGCGACGCCUGCAAGAAGAGAGCGGCAAGGCAGCAAGUUUCCAGAAGCAACUGGAAGAAAAGAGCAAGGCGUUGGACCCCGCGCUGCUCCAACAGGAAAAGGACAAGGUGCUACAGUUGGAGCGCCGGCUGCAAGAAGAGAGUGAAAAGGCAAGAAGUUUCCAGAGGCAGCUGGAAGAAAAGAGCAAGGCGCUGGACCACGCGCUGCCCCAGCCGGAGCAGGACAAGGCAGCGGAGCCAUCACGCCAGCAAGGGGAAGAUGGCCAGGUGGCCGGGCUGUGCACAAGCCCAGUCUUCAAGGUUAAGGUCAAGCUUCAAGCCAAUCAAGCCUGUGUGCAGGCCGAGCUGGACGAGCACGCUCCGUGGCGAACUGAAGAUGAGGCAGAAUUGUGGAAGCCGUCAGCACCGAAAGGCCGGCCAACAUCCAUGGAGCAGCACGAAAGCGGACCACCCCCGCAGCAAAGCAACGAGGUUCCAUUUGCGGAGCUGCUUCAGCAAGAGCAGUCGAAGGUGCUGGAGUUGGAGCAGCAGCUGCAAUCGGAGAAAGACAAGGUAGCUGAACUGGAGAAGAGGCUUCAGCAAGGAAACGCUCAGGCUCCGGAGGCCUGCGGUUCAGGGCAUGCGAGCCCGGAAGAUCUGGGAGUGAGCGUCCCUUGCCUUUGCUCGUUCGUCCAGGAGCUCGAAUCUCAGGGGCUCCCUGCGAGCUGCAGCCUCCAGGAUGCGGAGGCCCAGAUCAAGCAACGAAUCGAUGCCGCCAUGCGCCAGGGUGGCGAGGCUGCAGCCUCCUACGUCUCACUACUAGAAGGCGGAGAAGACGCUGGGCCUGCUACUCACUACUUGUGCUGUGCUUCUACUGCCUCGCUCUGUGACCUUGUCGACGCUUUGAAGUCCCACUGUGAAGAUGCGGGCUUGCAGAUGGGCAGCACCUACGUGUGGCUGCACAGCUUCUCCGGCAACAUGCGAAGCACCGCAACGGCCACCUCUCAGGCAAGUCGGAUGCGACGCAUUGGCCGCGUGUGGCUGCUUCUGCCGCCGUGCGACAUCGCCUCCUUCACAGGAUCCACCUCGUGCCUCUCGGAGCUGAAAUUGGCCACGUCCCUCGAGAAAGAGGGCCUCGAAGUGAGGCUGCUGGCUUCUCCACAGCAGGUCCAGGAGCUUGGGAAGGUGGUUUCAGAAGGGGGCUGUACACCGGAGUGGCAAAGCUGGGCAGGCUUGAACUUGGAUCAAGCGCUGCACAGGCGCCUCCGCUGCUGGGUGGGCACACUGGCAGAAGGCUGGCUACGCCGGAAGCUGCUGGAAGGUUCGCUUGCGGAAGAUUCUUCACCUGCAUGGGCCUGCGAUGCCGUAGGUUGGCUGCUGCGGGAGGUCUCGCUGCACCAGAAGGCCGAAAGCUUGCUGCAAGAUGGCUUGCAACUGGCCUUAAGCGGCGACCGAAGUGCACUGCUGAGCAGCCCCGGCACUGGCCCUGGGCGCCGUUGCACGGAGCUCCGACAGUCAUACGAGGCCACCAGGAGAGCACAUGAGCAGAUGGGUACCCUCGAAACAGCCACUGGUAUCCAACUCCUCGAGUCGAUCGGCGCAGUGCGCUGGAGUGCUGGCGAUGCCACAGGAGCUGCAGAUGCGCUGCAGGAAGCGCUGCGCAUUCGCCGCGUUAACCGCAGCAUCGAGAGCGCAGAGGGAGCUAUGUUGCUUCGCAACUUGGGCAUCAUCCAUCGGAUGCGUGGGGACCUGGAUGGCGGACUCGAGGCCUUGGCCGAGGCGAAGCGCAUUCGGGAGUGCACUGGCAGCUUGUUCGGGGCUGAUGGUGUCGUGCUACUGCUGAACUUGGCCUUCGCCAGAGCCGACCGUGGCGACCACAAAAGUGCUUUGGAGGCCUUCGAGGAAGCCACCACACUGUUGGGCGCCGGCUCUGCGUGCUCGUGCGAAAGCCAUGAGGAUGAGGCUCUUCCAGAGCCGCUCGAGAAUACUCCAUGUGGUGCCAGUUUGUUCGCUGCCAUCGGGGUCUCUCGGGGCAACUGCGGCAAUCAGGCGGGCGCACUAAGUGCAUACAAACAUGCCGAGCUCAUUCGCCAACGUACCAAAACACUUCGCACACCAGCUGGCGCCGUCCUGUGUCGCAACCAGGGCGUGGCACUCCUGGCUCUGGAUGAUGCCAAAGCCUCAUUGAAGAAGUUCCUUGAGUCGAAGGAAAUUCGCGAGCAGACAGGUUGCCUCGUGGGUCCUGCCGGGGCCAACCUCUUGGGCAGCCUGGCAUGGUCGCGGGUGCAGUGCGGUGACCUUGGCAAAUCCAUAGAAGACUGCCUCGAAGCCCACGAUCUGCACAAGAAGGCAGGCACUUUGCACACUCCAGGAGGGCGAGCUGCAGAGUGCUAA